GAGGGGCGAUGCCGCGGCGAUGGGUGGAGCCUCCCGAGUAUCCGGUGAUUUACGAGUUCCCAAAGGUCAGCGCCGUCGUCUCCAAUUUCAGCUUCCGCGACAUGAUGCACAUUCUCACCUACACCUCCGCCUCGGUUCCAUUCGGCUAUCUCGCCGGAGCGAGCGCAAGGGUGAAAGGUCCAGCGAUGGUGGUGGCGGCACUCACAGGACUCCAGGCCGGAUACAUGGUGGCUUACAUCUAUUCCAAAGGCAGGCUCAUGGGGAUCUUUCCCAACGACGAUGAAGUUGCAAGACUGGGAAUGUCAACCAUGAGCAUAUCGUGAUCCAAGCUCCACCUCUUUUGCUUGACGGUGUGAUUCAAAACAAGAAACAUAGAAGAACUUCUCGAAACCAAUAACCAUUCAUUUUCAAGUAAGCAUUUGCGUUUUUCAUCUUUC